AUGAGCUCAUCUCUGCCUAACGUGUACGAUUCCCCAUCUCGACCUCGGUUCUGCCGACAGGUUGCGUCGGACCUUAUUCAAGAGACGGCCCAGAAGCUUCAAUACAAGUCUAUGCCUGAACACUCAUUCAAUGUCUUGAUGCCUUGCAGGGCACCUGCAAUACCAGAAUUUGUAAAGAAUACUACUGCAUCGUCGAAGGUGUUCCUUCAAGGACCUUUCCCCGCAUAUCUGUUUGCCAAUUACCUAAACGAACGCUUGCAACAUCGUGCUGCUUAUUUAGUGGUAAAGGAUGAAGUUACAUCACAAAGCAAAUACGAUGGGACCCCUAAGCAAAUACAUCCGACGUUCUAUUUAGAUUACGUGCGUUUUUGCUCUGGCAAAGAGAAGGAGAGCGUGUUACAUUUGAACAGUAUGUUUGACGCGCAGUUUUAUAAUCCGUUCGCGUGGGAUGUUCGGCUAUCGCCUGCUACUGCAAUCUUCGACGGGAAGUUGCUGCCCGAAGUUACAACCCAUGCGCAGGUUUUCGUCCCGGCAUUAAGCACAAUUACUAUCUUUGUUGGCUUUCAGGACGGAACAGCGCCCCACAAUACUGAAUGGCUACAGCCGGAGCCAGGUCAACGCCUCAUCGGAUUCCCCGUUUCCGUUCAUUCUUGUCCCACCUACCAGGAAAUGCAAGUAAAGCUCGAGAAUCUAGAUCCUAGCCCACCUCGUCAUCCCAAUCCCUUGUUUUCAAUGACCGUACACGUUCUCCUCGAUGGGAUUUUUCGAGGAAUGUGGGAGGCAUUCCCGAAAGAAUGCUGGGCAGAGCUCAGCCUUCGCGAAAAGUUCAUUCUCGCAACGAGACUUAGUCGACGUCGCCACGAUCAACUACCAACACCGGAUUUCCUCAAUGCAGCUAUUCAUUUCGAAAUAAAUGGUUGUGAAUUCCAAAACGGAGUUCACGUUGGAGAAGCACUUGCGGAGGCACAUGCACGUUUAGAUCACUAUGCGUUUGGAGUAACGCACAGUAGCAGGGGAAAACCUGUUGAGUGUGUGAGGGUGCUUGACUUCUUGGGUGAUCAAGCGCGAUUCAAAGGAUUGAGAUGGACAGGCCUCAAGGUUAUUGGUGAAGCGUUCUACCUGAGUUGUGCUUAA